CUCACUCUAGCAACUCCUCAGCACUACAGCAGCUCUGUACAGACGUUUUCAGUGCUUCUGGGGGACCUACUGAAAUAAAAAUUAACGAUUUGUAGCUGAUUGUUCACAUGUGUCCAGGGGGAGAUGAAGUACAUUGGAUCCUGCAUAGUUUGGCUUUGUAUGGCAGUCUUCCUCCUCCUUCCUGUUUCUACUUCUGUGGCUGUCAGUGACCAGACAGGUGCCGUGUGUCCUUUAAUGAAAACAGUUGUCCAUCAUCUCAAACAAAUCAACAGAGACAGCCUUGGUGUUUCAGGGUUUGAUCUGGCAGAAAGCUUUUCUUUGAGGCAAACAACUUGUGGAGGGGAAAAAAUCUGUUUUAAACUGGGAAGCGCACCUCUCAUCAGAGACACAAAGCAGGUUUUUCCAAAUGGGCUUCCUGAAGAAUACUCUCUAGUAGCUACAUUCCGUGUACGGCGAAAUACCAAGAAAGAGCGUUGGUAUAUAUGGCAAGUUUUAAAUCAGUAUGACACACCCGAGAUCUCUGUCCUUCUGGAUGGUACAAAAAAGGUUGUGGAGUAUAUGACCAAAUCUGCUCAGGGAAAUAUACUGCACUACACUUUUAAGAGUCGAGAAAUUUAUCCAUUGUUUGAUCGGCAGUGGCAUAAGCUUGGUAUUAGCGUGCAGUCGGGGAUCAUUUCCCUCUAUUUGGAUUGUAAUUUAAUUGAGAGAAAACAGACUGAUGAAAAAUUCACCAUUGACUUGCAGGGAAGGACUCUGAUUGCUUCUCGUGCUGCAGAUGAUAAGCCUGUAGAUGUUGAACUUCACCGUAUGGCAGUUUAUUGUAAUCCAAAAUUUGCCACAGAAGAUACGUGUUGUGAAAUAUCUGCAGACCUGUGCCCACCUGAGGGGAGCUUACUUGCUACAACUUCAUCACCAGUGACUGCUCAUGCCAGCAAAAUAUACACGCUUCCAGGAAUGCAGCAAGAAUCUGGAGAGAGAUGCCACUGCUUUCCAAAUAAAGGAGAAGCAGGAUUGCCAGGAGCAGCUGGUUUGCCAGGCCAGAAAGGAGAUAAAGGUGAAAAGGGUGAAAUGGGUGCGAAAGGACAGGACGGUGUUGCUGGUCUUCCUGGUGAAAAGGGGGAAGCUGGCUUAGUAGGUGCUCCUGGCAUACCUGGUCUUACUGGUUCCAAGGGUGAACGUGGUUUUGCGGGUAGCAAAGGUGAAGAAGGUGAAAAGGGUGAAAAAGGAGAUAGAGGAGAACCAGGACCAGAAGGCAUUCAUGGAAGAGAGGGACUAAAAGGUGACAGUGGUGCUCCCGGUGUGGCUGGUCCUAAAGGAGAAAAGGGAGAUACAGGACCUCCGGGACCAACUGCAUUGAGCGGUUUGCCAGGGCUGGAGGGUCCCCAAGGUCCACCUGGCAAAGAAGGUCAAAGGGGAAGACGAGGCAAACCAGGCCCCCCGGGAAAACCAGGGCCACCAGGACCUCCUGGUCCUUCUGGACUAAAAGGAAUUCUGAAUUCAUUGAACAAGCAUUAUAAUGAGAGUGAUACAAGACUGCUAGGAUUACUUGGGACCCCUGGACCUAAAGGCCAAAAGGGAGACAUUGGUCAAAAAGGAGAAGUGGGAAUGACUGGUGCAAAAGGAGAAAAGGGAGAGCCUUCUGAAAAAGGGGACAAGGGAGAUCCAGGUGAAACUGGAAUGGAGGGAUCAAAAGGAAAUAAGGGUGAAACAGGAGACCCUGGACCACCUGGUCUUAUUGGAAAUCCAGGAUCAAAGGGACUGCAAGGACCUCCGGGACCUGUCGGACCCAGGGGACUGCCAGGAGAAGUUGGUAUACCAGGAGAGCAUGGAGUACCGGGAAACCCAGGAGUUAAAGGGGACAAGGGAGACCCUGGUGGGAUUAUGGGACCACCUGGUCAUCCAGGUCCAAAAGGUGAUGUUGGGCCUCCUGGACCAAGUCUGCCUGGAACACCAGGUCCCACUGGUAUUCCUGGAAGCCCAGGUCCACGGGGACCAAAGGGAGAAAGAGGACUACCUGGUGUACAAGGAGCACCUGGGGAGAUGGGGCCUCCUGGAAUAGGCAUUCAGGGAUCACCAGGUCCUAUAGGUCCAACUGGAUCAGCAGGUGUGCAGGGCCCUAGAGGACCCCCAGGAUUACCAGGAACUCCAGGUACCCCUGGUAUUAAUGGCACUCCAGGAAGGGAUGGAAAGCCAGGACUGCCAGGCCCUCCAGGUGAUCCUAUUGCACUGCCACUGGUGGGUGACAUGGGCACUGUACUGAAGGGUGAUCCUGGCACAAGAGGUCCUCCAGGCAUCCCUGGUAGAGAAGGGCCCAAGGGGAGCAAAGGUGAACGUGGAUUUCCUGGGCUUGCUGGAGAGAAGGGCGAUGAGGGCCUUCAAGGUGCUCCUGGACUGCCAGGCAUACCAGGACCCAGUGGACCAUCUGGAGUCACAGGAAGACCUGGACAUCCUGGUCCAUCAGGGUCAAAAGGCGAAAAGGGUAGUGAAGGUUCUCCUGGGAAACCCUGGACCACCUGGGCCUCCGGGUAUGCCUUACAAUGAAAGAAAUGGAAUGAGCAGCUUAUAUAAACUCCAGGGAGGUGUGAGUGUUGCUAGUUAUCCAGGGUCCACCAGGACCUCCAGGUCCAAAAGGAGAUCCUGGC